AUGACUUCGAACGAGGUUGCAAUCAUCGGCGCAGGACUUUCAGGCCUUGCUCUAGCCUUGUCCCUGCACAAACAAUCCAUCCCAUGCACAAUCUACGAAGCCCGAUCAGCUUCACUGGACAUCGGAGGCGCGAUUAUGCUUUCCCCCAAUGCUCUGCGCAUUCUCGACAGUCUUGAUAUCUAUCAGAAAAUCAAAUUCAAGGGCUUCGAGUUCCAGAACUUGCAUUUCUACACCGACAAGCCACUCGACUCAUUCGAGUUCGGAAACAACAAGAAGUACCACUACGAUGCCCUACGAAUCUACCGGCACGAACUGAUUGACGCUCUUGUCACUGCGCUCCAGGAGAAGGGUGUGCCCAUCCAGUAUGGGAAAAAGUUCACUCGCAUCCUGAGCGAGUCAGAGACGGAGGUGACUUGGGAAUUCGAAGAUGGCCAGACUAGCCAAGCGGCAUGCAUUGUCGGGGCCGAUGGAAUUCACUCACGAGUGCGACAAUAUUUGUACCCUGACCUCGAGCCUCAUUUCACCAACGCAAUGGGCGUCACUGCCGCCGUGCCGACAAGCCAACUCAAGGAGACAGAGACGUUUGAAAUGCCUCUGACGAUCAUGAACCCCAAGCACGGCGCUUUUGUGAUUGCGCAGCAAUUAUCAGAUGGAUCGGAAGUCCUGAUUGGGAAACAAAAGCGCGCUACUGAUCUCGGACGCGAUGGUUGGAACAACUUACUAAACGACAAGAAAUGGUGUGUGGACUUUCUGCGCGAGGGGUCUAAAGAUUAUCCCGAAAUUGUGCGAUCGGCCGUCUCCGACAUCUCCCUGAAUAAAAUCAAUCUGUGGCCCUUUUACAUGGUUCCAAAGCUUGACACUUGGGCUUCAAAACAUUCUCGAGUGGUCAUUCUCGGAGACGCAGCUCAUGCGAUUCCCCCUACAUCUGGACAGGGAGUCAAUCAGGCGUUUGAGGACGUCUAUACCUAUUCUGUGAUUCUUUCCAAGUGCAAUGAAGCAAAUCUGGAGCAAGGACUAAAGAUCUGGCAGAAAGGUCGCCAGGCGCGAAUAGACCAAGUCUUGGAAUUAAACGCCCGAAUUGAUGCGCGGAGGAUGCCUCAGCUCCAUGAUACAACGGUCUCAGGGUUUGAUUCCAAGCCUUUCGACUUGGAAUGGCUUUACAGUCCCGACUUUGAUGAGAUGGUAGAGGGCUGGCUGGCUGAGAUGAAAUAA